CGGUGCACAUGCCAGUGGUGACAUCUUUCGGUCCAGCGGUCUGCGAUCUGACUCUACAUAAAGGUCAUAAGUCAAGCCAGGACAUUUAAAACUUGUAUGUGGUCAAGAUCCAAGUUAUCCGCCGUGCAGUACGCUUACUACCUAAGAUGAUCACUGUUAGUUGCGUUCUCACUUUCCCUUUUUUUACAGUGGACUAGUGCUAGUGCGACCACUUUGAUCAAUGCAUCUUCCAUGGCGCCAGAAGCAGCAGGCAUCAGAAGAGCAGACAUCGCCCCCACCUUCUGAACAGCGUGGACUCGGAGUGCCCUGGUCUGCUACGAAAGACGCUUUCAAGACGCAUCUGACCACCGCACAAGCAACCACGAAAAGCGCGCUUCAAGAGUACAACGCCAACGUCCAAAACCGCCUCAGGGCCAAAGCAUAUGAGCUCGGAUCACGUCCCGCUGCAUAUCUUGUUUUAUCCGGCAUCUUCCUGGGCUCUGUUUCGACGCUUGGCGCGACAUCCGUGUACAGGCGGUAUUUUAGGCGUUUGAGGACAGCUGAGUGGGUCACACCUGAUGUACUUCGGCGGAAGAGAUGGGUGAGGGGUGUCGUGACGAGUGUAGGGGAUGGAGAUAAUUUCAGGCUGUAUCAUACCCCUGGCUUUGGGUGGAGGUGGCCACUUAAAUUCAGGAGGGUACCAACUUUGAGCAAAGAGCUCAAAGAGCAAACGAUCCACGUUCGUAUUGCAGGUGUUGAUGCACCCGAGGGAUCACAUUUUGGUCGCCAAGCCCAGCCAUACGCUGCAGAAGCUCUCACGUGGUUGAAGGAUACGAUCGAGGGCAGGAUAGUCUACUGUCAACUCGUUCGGCGUGACCAAUAUUCUCGUAUUGUAUCUGUAGUUACUCUUCCGCCACCGUUUCUCCCAGGCUGGCUUGCCACGGGCCGGAGUCUUGCACUUGAGAUGAUCCGGGCAGGCACGGGCGUGACCUACGAACAAGCAGGUGCAGAGUAUGGGAAGUAUGGAAAGGAUGGAUUUCUAAGAGUUGAGGCUGAGUCGCGAGCUGCACGCCGAGGCAUGUGGAAACACGGUACAGUGGAGGAAACCCCCGCACAGUAUAAACGGCGUUACGCGCAGAGUGGGACGGAUCCUGAGGCUCAGGCCCAAGGUACGGCGAAGGCGGAGCAAGAAAACUCGAAGGAGGGUGGGCUGAGAGGGAUUUUGAAGAGACUUUGGCGCUGAAAUAGUUAAAUAGAGACCGGAAAAUGUACAAGGUCACCGAAAUAGCGCAUAUGCAUAUGGCGAGUGCCUGUUUACAAAAAAAACUAC